AUGGCAUCUUCCAAUCAGCCUCCUGAUCACCUGAAUGACUAUGACCUGCAGGCGGUUGACCAAAACGGAGUGCCUCUGCUCAGUAACGGCGCCUUACCUACAUGGAACCCGGCUACUCUGCUCGACCCUCAGCGCCAUCUCAUGUCUACUCCCUCCUUCGCCUCACAUCUGCCGCCACCACCGACCUCAACGCCCAUGCUUGGCAACCCACUUCAACAAAUGGGGGGCAUGGACGGUUCUACUCUAGCCUUCAAUUUCAACAGCACCAAUGACGUCCCCGUUGCGGUUAACGGUUUUGGGGCCGGUGGAGCUGCGCCGGCCGAGCUCGCUUUUCAGUUCACGGGGCCUGCCACCGAUGACGGCUACCUUUCGUCGGGUGACCAGAUCGCCACAGACCUAGUCAACGGUCACGGCCUGACGGGCUCCAAUUUGAGCGGGCCUCCCGCCUAUGCUAGCUCUGAAGGUGCUACCAACACACCGCCAAACGGCAUGGCAGCCAUGCUCGAGCGAAACUUUCACGUUCAGGACCGUAAGGACGUCCCCCAGCCGAAACGUCGCAAGACGCUGACCGGCGAGCCAACGGAUAUAAAGCCGGUCUUCCAGACGAGCAGCAACGGUAUCCUCGCGCAGGGUGUCAAGCAAGAAGAGCAAAAGGCCAAGACUCGUCCUGCUGGAAUGGCCGUGGCUGCUGCGAAGCAACCUGUUACAGUUGAUCUAACAGACGGUUCCGAGACCGAUUCAAAAGCCCAGGAAUCAUAUGAAGAAGUGUGUUUUGGAGCAGUGCUGGGUGUGACCUUUGACUGCCACCAAGUACCGGCUCCCAAACCCGGUACGCAGGCCAUGGGCGGCCCGGCGUACUGGCCAACUGUCAAGAUCGUCUUGCGCCGCAAGGUGAACGAAAAGAGCCACGUCAUUGAUGUGUGCGAUCACACGCGCCAGGUAGUCGGAAGCCUUGAUCGCAAGGCGGCUGAAUGCUUUGUGCCCCUCAUGGACAUCGCCAAGGUCCACCUCCGGACGGACGCAAAAAUUCCCGUCCGCCGUAAGAACGAGGACGAAGUCGUCGGCCAGCCAGUGUCACGGUCGUAUAAGAUCGACCUAGUGUUGUACGGCGCUCCGUCCUUUGGAAAAGCAAUUGGCAAACGCCUCGCCAAGUUUGGCUUCAAGCUGGUGAAGCCGGUCCGCUACGAUGCGAAUGUCCGCUUGGCAAUCCCGCAACAGGACCCAAACAUGCUAGCCAAUGGAGACGCGAAACCCAUGCAUGCCGCUGGCUUGCCAUCACAUGCGGCACAGCAGUAUGCAUCGACUAUGAACAGUACUGCCCGUACGAUGGAAGAGGUGCGCUCUGAAGUGCUCCACGUCUUCGACUCCAUGGCCAACGCGGAGGACCUUCCCGAGACGGAACCCAGCCCCAGUGUGACGACACAGAUGCUACGCCACCAGAAGCAGGGUCUCUACUUCAUGAUGCACCGCGAACGGCCCAUGGCGGCGCAGUCCGGUUCAAAGCUCAGCUCAUCCAUCUGGCAGAAGAAGACAUCGCUCGCCAAUCAGACCCUGUACUACAACGUUAUCACCGGACAGAACGAGGUCCAGCCGCCCAGCGAGACGCUUGGCGGCAUCUUGGCUGAUAUGAUGGGCCUGGGCAAGACGUUGAGCAUUUUGUCGCUGGUUGCAAGCACGGGAGCCCAAGCCGAGAAGUGGCACAAGCAGUCGCCCAUGCAGCCAAAGGCACCCGAGAGAAAGAAGAAGCCGGGGGCUCCCCAAAACUUUGAUGCGCCGACUCCGCAGACCCUUGACCUCACGCGUCUGAAGCGGAAUGGAAAGGGCACGCUGCUUGUCUGUCCUCUGAGUACGGUUGCGAACUGGGAAGAGCAGAUAAAGCAGCACCUUGCGCCGGACUCGCUCAAGUACCACAUCUACCACGGCCAGAACCGUAUCAAGGACAUUGGCGAGCUCUCUGAGUUUGAUCUCGUCAUAACAACGUACGGCUCCGUCUCAAGUGAGCUGACAUCCAGAAGCCGCGGCAAGUCGGGUCAUUAUCCUCUCGAGGAGAUUGGCUGGUUUCGCGUUGUCCUCGAUGAGGCACAUAUGAUCCGUGAGCCAUCCACGCUCCAGUUCAAGGCUAUUUGCCGUCUACAGGCCAGCCGGCGCUGGGCCGUAACUGGUACGCCGGUACAGAACCGCCUGGAAGACUUGGGGUCGCUGCUGGCCUUUUUGCGCCUCAAGCCUUUUGACGACCGCUCCAAGUUCAACCAUUUCAUUGUGAACCCGUUCCGUGCCUGUGACCCGAACAUUCUGACACGGCUACGCAUCUUGGUGGACACAAUCACGCUUCGGCGUCUCAAGGACAAGAUCGACCUCCCUAAACGCAGCGACGUCAUCAUCCGCCUGACUUUCUCCGAUGAAGAGAGCCGCCUCUACAACUUCUACUCUCGCAACGCAAAGGACCGGCUUCAGGUGCUCACUGGCCACCAGGAGCGCCUGCUGGGCGGCAAGGUGUACAUUCACAUCUUGCAGGCUAUUUUGCGCCUCCGUCUCAUCUGUGCACAUGGCCGUGAGCUGCUGAGCGAGGACGACCUGAAGCUGAUGCAAGGAAUGACUCUCGAGUCUGCUAUUACCAUUGACGAGGACGACGACGCAUCCGGCGAGGUGAAGCAGCGGCUUCCCGAGGCGCAAGCUUACGGUAUCUAUGACUUGCUUGUCAACACGGACUAUGACACCUGUGCACAUUGCAAGAACAAGCUGGGCUACUCGGACGACACAACGUCGACCGACAUUCGCUCCGAAAAGCAGGAAGAUGUCAUUGGUUACAUGACACCCUGUAUGCAUAUUUAUUGCCCCAAUUGCGUCAAGCACUUUGCCGAUAACGAGCGCGGGCUCACCCACAAGAGCAACCGGCCGGGCAUCUGCCCAACGUGCAACGCCUCGGUCAUGUUUUCGUGUGUCGAAAUUCGCCACGACCGCGCGGACGUGGAGCACGACACUCUACCUCACCGGCGUGCUAGCUUUGUGCACGACAAAAAGCCGGUCACGGAUGGUACUUACAACGGCAACGGCAACAGCAAUGGUAGCCAGGCGCUGCUCCGCAACAGUAGUGGAGCGUCGGGAGCAGCUGGCGAUGCACCUUCGCCACCGUCCGGCCAUACGGGCAAGACGAUUAGCGAAAGCAACUACUCGGGCCCGCACACAAAGACACGCGCCCUCGUCGCGGAGCUGCUGGAGCAGAAGCGCCUCAGCGAAGCAAACCCGGACCAGCCGCCGUACAAAUCGGUUGUCUUUUCUGGCUGGACGUCGCAUCUCGACCUAAUCCAGCUGGCUUUCGACAGUAACAACAUCUCGUAUUGCCGCCUCGACGGCAAGAUGUCGCGCACGGCGCGCACGCAGGCCAUGGACACCUUCCGCGACAACCCAGACGUGCAGGUCAUCCUGGUCUCCAUCAUGGCGGGUGGUUUGGGCCUCAACCUGACAACGGCCAACACGGUCUAUGUCAUGGAGCCGCAGUACAACCCCGCCGCCGAGGCGCAGGCGAUUGACCGGGUGCACCGGCUGGGCCAGACGCGCGAAGUGCGGACGGUGCGGUACAUUAUGAAGGACAGUUUUGAGGAGCGCAUGCUGGAGAUCCAGAACCGCAAGAUCAAAAUCUCCAACUUGUCAAUGAACCGAUCGGACCACCGUGCGGCCAGCUCGACAGAUGCUGCACGGCAGCGUCUCGAAGAUCUUCGAAGUCUCUUCAAGUAA